AUGUCCAACCCCCCCACUGGUAGACUCUGUCUCUCCGGAGAAAAUUCUGUCGUUCCGAAGGCUCGGUCAGAAGAUGUGGCUAUCGCCACCCUCGAGUUGAUUUCCAGGACGCAGGGCUCUGUAGAAUCGUCGAAAGAGCUUGUUUCCUCGACAUUACCUCUGUCGUAUCCACCUCAAUCUGCCCGUCCAUCGUCCCCCCGUCUUCCCACCGGGAUCAUCGACGAGCCUUCUACGCCUAAUAUUUGGAAUCUGAUUCCAUACAAUGUUCCGUGGGGGUCAGCUUAUCGUGAUUAUGUGCCGGGAAGUCUUCCCGGACCUGAAGGUCCUUGCAUUUUCCUUCGUUCUCCUACUCCUUUGAAGAAUCGUCGAGUAGCAAAGGCUUGCGCGAGAUGUCGCGAGCGAAAAGCAAAGUGCAGUGGAACAUAUCCUGCUUGUACACGCUGCAUAUCGCGAGGAUACUUAUGUCAGUAUACUGCCGAUGAACCCAAACGCGCGAAAGGUCCUUGCCUCUUUCGGGAACGACAGCGUGCUGCGUCGUCAUCCGACUGCUCUUCGGCGAGUGGGGACGCAUGUAGCGUGACAUCCAGCUCUGAUGUCUCCGACUACACUUCUCUGGUUCAGCCUCUACCUUCGAAAAUCGAAUUCAUGGAUGUUGAAGUUGAUGGUGUGCCUGAAUGCUUAGAUCUGAGUGCUGUUUCCGACGAGUGGGAGCUACACUGUCCAGUUUGGCCAGAGGCGUUCCUUCACUCAACGACGAGUCUCUGCUUGGACCAAUCCCCCCAUUCACUACCGCAGCUUGACGAUCACCCUACUGGCCUACAACCGGAACAGUCACACGCUAUAUCAACUGACAAUGCUAGCGUUGCGCUUACUGUUCAUGCGCCGCAGCCGACCACAAUCGCCUCGAGCGCUUUACUCACAUCACCUCUAAAUUGCGCGUCUCCCGCACUAAAUGUCGACUUGCGCCAUUUGUUGACCCAACAGAUAACACCCAUGGAAGUGGCCUCCUUCCGGUCUACAUAUCCUCAUUCGCCAGGCUUCGCGCAUCGCGGCGCUCUAGACGUGUACGGCAAAUAUCAUCAAGAUGAGAACAUUCAGCCAGCCUCGAUGUAUGGCUGA